AUGGCCUCCGUGUCUUCGCCGGCGCCGGAGUCUUCCACGGCUGCGACUACGCCUGAGAUAUAUCAACUGGCGAUUUCACUACCUCCUGGUUUCUUCUUCCAACCCAGUCCUGAUGAUCUCCUCUUCUACUACCUAAAAGGGAAAGUGUCGAACGAGGAUUUUACUGAUGCAAUUGCGGAGGUGGAUAUCUACAAGUACGAAGCCUGGGAUUUACCAGGGCAUUCAAAGCUCAAGUCCACCACGAAUGUAUGGUUUUUCUUUACUCCGGCAAGGAAGUAUAACCGCGGUUCUAGAACAAAACGGGUGACUCCACAUGGGAGGUGGAGAGUGAAGCUAACAGAAGGUGGUGGUGGCUCUAAGAAGAAAGAGUUCAAAGAUCAAAACAGUGAUCUCAGCGGGACAAUGAAGCCAUUCAAUUUCUACACUAGGAAUAUUGACAAAAAGGAAAAGCUUACUUCAUGGAGCAUGGAAGAGUAUCGCUUGGAUAACUUUGACACUUUUUCCUUGUGCAAGUUGUUUCAGAGGAAGAAGGAGGAGGAGGAACCCAAUCCGGCCAUGGUUGAGCAGCCGACAGAGAUAGCUCAGAACAAAAAUGUCCAACAAGAAGGUGGAGACAAUACGCUACAUGACACCUCAUCAUCUUCCUCAGAUGACGAUGCCGCCACGGCAUUGCUCAUGAUCCCACAAGCCCGCACAUAG